UUCAAUAUUGACACAUAUCCGUUCACCCAAAAUCUUUGAGUUUUUACUCCAAAUCCCAAAAUACCCAAAUCGUUGAAUUGGAAAUUGCCUCGCCCCACAAACCAUUGUCACUCCCCUUAAAAUCCUGAACCAAAUGUGCGCACUACGAGUGCCGACCAUGGCUGCCAGUGGCUUAGCCUCACUUCCGAUUCUCAGAAGAGUACUUCCUUCACUCCAAUCUUCUCGUCCCACUCAUGCCGUCAAAGAGAUCUUUUACGAUAGAACCCUUAUCCUACUAACACCUCUGCGCUCCUCAGCUUUUGGAAUAUGCGACCUACCACAGGCUAUUAAGGGUGAUACAGAUGUUUUACUGAAAGGAUUGGGAGACAAGAACACCAUUGAAGAUGUGAAACGUAUUGUUGAACUGGCGAAACGGGCAUCAUUGAGACGAGAAGUUUUACAUACUGACUUUCUGACCCCACCUGUUCUGAAGGAGUCAAUGCUAGUCUUAGAAAGGUUAGCCGGCGUUAAGAUCGUUUCACAGGGAGGAUACCCAGAGGCUGAACGUUGCCGUCUCUCAGUUGGGCAUCCAGAUGCAUUAACAAGUGAUCCAGAUAUUGUCUCAGCCUUGAGUAUUUCAGGAAACUUUUCAUUUCAACCUUGUUCUCACGGUGAUUUCCUUGGUGCAAUCCUUGGUACGGGGAUAGUAAGGAAUAAGCUGGGAGAUAUACUCUUGCAGGGUGAAAAGGGAGCUCAUGUUCUUGUUGUUCCAGAACUUUCUGACUUCAUUUUAUCAGCAUUGGACAAGGUUGGAAAUGUUUCUGUCUCUUGCAAGAAGAUUCCAUUGCUAGCCCUUGAAUAUGAACCACCAAGGACCAAGUCCUUAAAAUCCGUUGAGGCAUCACUGAGACUUGAUGCCGUAGCUAGUGCAGGAUUCAAAGUUUCACGAACCAAAAUGGCCAGUUUGAUUAGUAAUGGAGAUGUUCGUGUCAAUUGGACAACUGUGACAAAAAGCAAUACUACCAUUAAGACCGGAGAUAUCAUAUCAGUUAGUGGAGAAGGCAGACUUAAGGAUUCGUUUUGCCGUGUUUUUGGAGGAAAAAGAAGCUGGUUUUUGGCUGAUUUCGUGGGUGCCUCUCUACCCUUCCGGUGUAGGGAUUGGAGAAAUUAACUCAACAAGGAAGGGAAAGUUUGCAGUUGAGCUCAUUCGGUAUUUGUAAAGCCUGAAAUUAUUUGGCAAUAUGGAUUCCGUCGACUCGAAAGCUCCUAUAGAUACUUAUCAAGCACUCAUUUGCAAUGCCACUGUUCUCGUGCUGACGAAAAGAUGAUUCUUAAUAUACUGAUCUGGAGAAAUAGUUCUCUCAAGUUUGCCCUGUUACAGUUUUGCGUCUGAAGCCAGUUCUCUGUUAUAUGCAACUCUGCAUUUCCUGGUUUAACGUUAUUUAUGAGACAAAGCAGGAAGGUGGAGGAUGACAUACAGAUUUGAACUCGUUCACUCAUAUUUCCUGAUUCCUGUAUAUCAAUUUCCUAAAGGGAGCUAGAACCGGUUAGAGUCUUGAAUUAUUGUAUAAUUUGUUUUACACUGUCAGUAUAUUUAAAGAAACAAAUACCCAUUAAAUUACCUGUAGAUACAAGUAAUACAAUCUUAUACAUUUUUGAAGAUGUAGGUCUAUGGGCUGGUGUCUGGAAAUUAAACUUCAGUUGUGGAUAUCUACUAGCAGUUUAGGUGAAUCAUCUAUUCAAAUUGUAAAGGGCUAUGUUCACUCAUU